UCUCAUUAUUCAUUUAUUAAAUUUUAUAAAAUAAAUCAAAACAACCCACAACCUAGAAACCUUUCCUUUCCCGUGUGUAAACAAGAAAGAACCUUUCCGUUCCAUUUCAUCAUCGCCGUUCGCCGUUGGUAACCUGCGUUUCCUUUCGUCUCAAGAGCGCCGCCGUUACCGGUGGCAGUAAGCGACCAUCAACCCAGACCAGGAUCAAAGGCUUGUGUGAGUUGAAAGAAGAAGAAGAAGAAGAAGAAAAAAAAAAGGAAACGCAGAAGCAGAGAAAAAUGGAAACACAGAAGAAAAAAAGCCUCCUGUAAGCCACCAUCAACCCACACCUCUCUACCUCUCUGAUUGAGAUAAUUAAAGAUAAUAUCACUGUUCAAAGCUUAAGCAGUGAACAACAGUGAAGGAAACGCAGAAGCAGGGGAAGUAAAAAAAGAAAUCAGCUUCAACAUUGCGGAGAUCGGUACGCCAGAGUGACUUUCAUCAAAAGGUUAACAUGACAUCUGAAGAAAAUAAUGAUGCUAGUGAUUGGCACUUGGAAGCUCUUAAAGAUUAUACUUCUAUAUAUGCAGAUGAACAUGUAAGUUCUUUACCAUUUCAUGAACCACAAUAUGAACUCUUUCCACAAGUCCAUAACAUUGAUGAGUUGGUUCCUUUUGAAGGACAAAUAUUUAACAGUGAUGAUGAUGCUUAUGAUUUUUAUUCUUUAUUUGCACGAAAAAAUGGAUUUUCGAUUAGACGUGAUCAUGUUUAUCGAUCUUGUAUACACGAGUCUGAGCAUAAUCCAAUGGGUGUUUAUAAAAGGGAAUUUGUUUGUCAUCGUGGUGGUAUUGUUAAACAACGCAAAAUUAAUGAAGUGGAAAGUAAAAGGAAACGAAAAUCAUCAAAAUGUAAUUGUAUGGCAAAAAUGUUGGUUGCUAAGAGAACAAUUGAUUUAGAGGAAAAAUGGGUGAUUACAUAUUUCAACAAUUAUCACAAUCAUGAUUUAUUGGAUGACAAAGAGGUUCAAUUUCUUCCUGCUUAUCGUAAUAUCCCAAUUGCUGAUCAAAGUCGUAUUCUGUUGUUGUCGAAAGCUGGUUGCGCUAUAAGUCUUAUAACGAGAGUGCUUGAGUUAGAGAAAGGAAUAGAUACAGGUAGCCUACCAUUUUUAGAUAAAGAUAUUCGAAAUUUUAUUCAAUCCCAAAGUAGUAUUGGUAAAGAAAAUGAUGCUUCUGAUGUUCUCAAAUUAUGCAAAAGUUUGAAAGAUAUUGAUGAUGACUUCAAAUAUGAGUUCACUAUUGAUGAAAAUAACAAAUUGGAGCAUAUUAUUUGGGCAUUUGGUGAUUCAAUUAGAGCAUAUGAAACUUUUGGAGAUGUUGUAGUUUUUGAUACCACAUAUAGAAUAAACCGUUAUGAUAUGCCGCUUGGACUAUGGGUUGGUGUUGAUAAUCAUGGAAAUUCCAUUUUCUUUGGUUGUGUUCUAUUGCGAGAUGAGAAGAUUCCAUCUUUCACAUGGGCUUUAAAGAAUUUCCUUGCUUUUGUCCAAGGAAAAUAUCCAAAAACAAUUCUUACAGACCAAGAUCUCGCACUUAAGGAAGCCAUUGCAAUGGAAUUGCCAAACACAAAACAUGCAUUUUGUAUAUGGCAUAUUGUUUCAAAGUUGUCAAGUUGGUUUUCUUUUGCGUUGGGUUCAAGAUAUAAUGACUUUAAACAAGAGUUUCAUAGGAUUAUGUUGAUAGGAGAUUUUAUGUAG